AGAUCUCCAAGCAUUGUAGCCAAUGAGCUAAGCCAGGACUCUUAGUGGAGAGGAAAAUAGUUAAUAGGCUGGCUGUCGCUCUGGAUUGCUGCAUAAAUGCUAGGAGCAGCAGCUCUAUGGUUAUGAGGUGGGGAGAGCGGGAUGACGCCAUUGCUCCGGAGCUGCUGCAGGAUGAAGUGGAAAGCUGCUGCUGAUGGCAUUGUUUUUGUGGCAGCAGCUGAAUGACAGAUCCUCACUACAAAGAUACCCCUCUGGCCCCCGUGUAGGCCUCCUGGUCCGGGUGUUUCACCAUGCCAGCACAGCGCCAUGAGUCCUGGAUGCAUGCUGCUGUUUGUGUUUGGCUUUGUUGGCGGGGCGGUGGUCAUUAAUUCUGCUAUCUUAGUAUCUCUCUCUGUUUUGCUGCUUGUGCACUUUUCUAUUUCUACCGGAGUGCCAGCUCUGACGCAGAACCUACCAAGGAUACUCAGAAAAGAACGCCCUAUAUCAUUAGGCAUUUUCCCGUUACCUGCUGGAGACGGACUGCUUACACCUGAUACUCAGAAAGGCGGAGAGACCCCUGGAUCAGAGCAAUGGAAAUUUCAGGAAUUAAGUCAACCACGUUCUCAUACCAGCCUGAAGGAUGAACUUUCUGAUGUUAGCCAAGGAGGAUCUAAAGCUACCACUCCAGCAUCAACAGCUGCUUCAGAUGUGGCAGCAAUUCCUACUGAUACUCCCUUAAAUGAAGAUAAUGAAGGAUUUGUAAAGGCUGCAGAUACCCCAGAAAAGUCAGAGAUCAGCAAGCACAUUGAAGUACAGGUAGCCCAAGAAACUAGAAAUGUGUCAACAGGCUCUGCUGAAAAUGAAGAGAAGUCAGAAGUUCAGGCAAUCAUCGAGUCCACUCCUGAGUUGGAUAUGGACAAAGAUCUCAGUGGAUAUAAAGGCUCAAGCACUCCCACCAAAGGCAUAGAGAAUAAAGCUUUUGAUCGCAAUACAGAAUCUCUCUUUGAAGAACUGUCUUCAGCUGGUUCAGGCCUAAUUGGAGAUGUGGAUGAAGGAGCAGAUUUACUAGGAAUGGGUCGUGAAGUUGAGAAUCUUAUAUUAGAAAAUACACAACUAUUGGAAACCAAAAAUGCAUUGAAUGUAGUGAAGAAUGAUUUGAUAGCAAAAGUGGAUGAACUGACCUGUGAAAAAGACGUGCUGCAAGGGGAGCUGGAGGCUGUGAAACAAGCCAAAAUGAAGCUAGAGGAAAAGAACAAAGAAUUGGAGGAAGAGCUUAGGAAAGCUCGUGCAGAAGCUGAAGAUGCAAGGCAAAAAGCAAAAGAGGAUGAUGAUAGUGAUAUUCCCACAGCCCAGAGGAAGCGGUUUACUAGAGUAGAAAUGGCCCGAGUUCUAAUGGAGAGAAACCAGUAUAAAGAGAGGCUGAUGGAGCUUCAGGAAGCUGUUCGAUGGACAGAGAUGAUUCGAGCAUCAAGAGAAAAUCCAGCCAUGCAGGAAAAAAAAAGGUCAAGCAUUUGGCAGUUCUUCAGCCGACUUUUCAGCUCCUCAAGUAACACUGCUAAGAAGCCCGAACCACCCGUUAAUUUGAAAUACAAUGCACCCACUUCUCAUGUUACUCCUUCAGUCAAGAAAAGAAGCAGCACCUUAUCUCAACUCCCUGGGGAUAAGUCCAAAGCCUUUGAUUUCCUAAGUGAAGAAACUGAAGCUAGUUUAGCCUCGCGCAGAGAACAAAAGAGAGAACAGUAUCGUCAGGUGAAGGCGCACGUUCAGAAGGCAGAUGGUAGAGUGCAGGCUUUUGGCUGGAGUCUGCCUCAGAAGUACAAGCAGGUAACCAAUGGACAAGGGGAAAAUAAGAUGAAAAAUUUACCUGUGCCUGUCUAUCUCAGACCUCUAGAUGAAAAAGAUACAUCAAUGAAGCUGUGGUGUGCUGUUGGAGUCAAUUUAUCGGGUGGGAAGACUAGAGACGGCGGUUCUGUUGUUGGAGCAAGUGUAUUUUACAAGGAUGUCGCUGGUUUGGACAUAGAAGGCACUAAACAGCGAAGUGCAUCUCAGAGUAGUUUAGACAAGUUAGAUCAGGAACUUAAGGAACAGCAAAAAGAGUUAAAAAAUCAAGAAGAAUUAUCUAGUCUGAUCUGGAUCUGUACCAGCACUCAUUCAGCUACAAAAGUUAUCAUUAUUGAUGCUGUUCAACCAGGCAACAUCCUAGACAGUUUCACUGUUUGCAACUCUCAUGUACUGUGCAUAGCAAGCGUACCAGGAGCACGAGAAACGGACUACCCUGCAGGAGAAGAGCUUUCAGAAUCUGGACAGGUAGACAAAGCGUCUUUAUGUGGAAGCAUGACAAGUAAUAGUUCAGCAGAGACAGACAGCCUGUUUGGAGGCAUCACGGUGGUUGGUUGCUCUGCAGAAGGUGUGACAGCAGCUGCCACUUCCCCUAGUACCAAUGGAACUUCUCCAGUGAUGGAAAAACCACCAGAAAAGGAAGCAGAAAAUAGUGAGGUUGAUGAAAAUGUUCCAACAGCAGAAGAAGCAACUGAAGCCACAGAAGGCAAUUCAGGGUCAGCUGAAGAUACUGUGGACAGCGCCCAAGCUGGCGUGUACACGGAGCAUGUUUUUACAGAUCCUUUGGGAGUUCAAAUCCCAGAAGACCUCUCACCAGUGUAUCAGUCAAGUAAUGACUCAGAUGCAUAUAAAGAUCAGUUAUCAGUAUUGCCAAAUGAACAAGACCUGGUGAGGGAAGAAGCCCAGAAAAUGAGUAGCCUUUUACCAACUAUGUGGCUUGGAGCUCAGAAUGGCUGUUUGUAUGUCCAUUCAUCUGUAGCCCAGUGGAGGAAAUGUCUCCAUUCUAUUAAACUUAAAGAUUCGAUUCUCAGUAUUGUACACGUGAAAGGAAUUGUGUUAGUGGCCCUGGCUGAUGGUACCCUUGCAAUCUUUCACAGAGGAGUUGAUGGGCAGUGGGAUUUGUCAAACUAUCACUUGCUAGAUCUUGGACGACCUCACCAUUCCAUCCGAUGCAUGACUGUGGUACAUGACAAAGUUUGGUGUGGCUAUAGGAACAAAAUCUAUGUAGUUCAGCCGAAGGCUAUGAAAAUAGAGAAAUCAUUUGAUGCACACCCCCGGAAGGAAAGCCAAGUGCGGCAGCUUGCCUGGGUGGGUGAUGGCGUGUGGGUCUCCAUUCGUUUGGAUUCCACACUUCGUCUCUAUCAUGCACACACUUAUCAACAUCUGCAGGAUGUGGAUAUUGAGCCUUAUGUAAGCAAAAUGCUAGGUACUGGAAAACUGGGCUUCUCUUUUGUGAGGAUCACAGCUCUUAUGGUGUCAUGCAAUCGAUUGUGGGUGGGGACGGGAAAUGGUGUCAUUAUCUCCAUCCCAUUGACAGAAACCGUAAUCCUUCACCAGGGACGUUUACUGGGGCUGAGGGCAAAUAAAACCUCAGGAGCAUCGGGAAAUCGUCCUGGAAGUGUCAUCCGUGUAUAUGGUGAUGAAAACAGUGAUAAAGUAACACCAGGGACAUUUAUACCCUAUUGUUCAAUGGCACACGCACAGCUUUGCUUCCAUGGGCACAGGGAUGCUGUGAAAUUCUUUGUGGCAGUUCCAGGUCAAGUCAUCAGCCCACAAAGUGGCAGUAGUGGUGCAGAUCUGACAGUUGACAAAGCAGGGCCAUCUCCACAGGAGCCUGGCAACCAGACGCCCUUGAAGUCUAUGCUUGUCAUCAGUGGAGGAGAGGGCUACAUUGACUUCCGAAUGGGUGAUGAAGGUGGAGAAUCAGAGCUUCUUGGAGAGGAUCUUCCACUUGAACCCUCUGUCGCCAAAGCAGAAAGGAGUCACUUGAUAGUGUGGCAAGUGAUGUAUGGUAGUGAGUGAACCCAUAGGAAACAGGUGGUGACAGGGAACCAUCUCUUCUGCAUGGUUUAUUUUCCCUUUUCCCCUUUAUUUAAUGCUCUCGUUGUGACAUAAGUUUCACCACACAAUGUGUGAGCAUUUUUUUUCUGUUAACUUUAUGCUACAGAAUCUGUCUGACAGUAACAAUACAGGAACUAGCACCAGUGUCAUAGGCAAUUUCAGUAUGUCAUGAACAAAUCAAAGAAUGUUUACUUUCUGCAAACUGGUGAAUUAUAGAAAGCAAUCCAGAUGUGGUUUACUUUGCCACAGCUAAUGUCACUCACUUCAUUUGAUGGGGUCACUUUAUAGCUGUCACUAAUAAUGGAAUUAAUGGAAACACUUGAUAAAUGAAACUGUACCAUUAAGUAGAAUAGUAGUUUUCCCCAAUGUAUUGUAAAAUUGACACAAACUAAUAUCAGGUGGAUUAUUAAGAUUUAUCUAAAUGUCCCAAGAGGGCUAAAAGCUAACUGUAAAUUAACUUUCACUUUCAAAUCUGACAAAUCUUGUUUAUAUGGUAUAUAAAACUUUGUUUUCAUCAGAUUUUGCGGGGGGGUUUUAUAUUAAAGAAAUUAAGACUACACUAUUUAAAUAAAAGUUUCUUGUUUCUGACUUAUUAGAGCUCUAAGUUUGAGGCCUGCUUCUCUGAAUAUUGUUUGUUUUUUGUUUGUUUUGGAGACUAGUCUCACUCAUUUUCACACUGACAUGUUUGAAUGGUUUAUUAUUUAUAAGGCUUAGAAGAUACACUUCUGCAAGGGGAGGUUUUUUCUUUGUGUUUUGUUUUGUUUUAAAAAAUUGUGUUUUGGAUUUCUCAUACCAGUGGAUGGUAGUCGUUGGAUGAAUUUUUUCCAUGUAAAAAUUAACUUGUUUACCACUUGUUCUUGGACUGCUCUUACCAGUAAUAAGAGUUAAGCUGUAGUGGGGAUGGAGUAUGGCCUAGCGAACUGAAUGAGAGAUUUGAUUAGAAACGCUAUUUUCUCUUGUUCUGUAUAAAACUGUACAACUACUAACACUUGAUAUUUUGUAUGUAAAUGGCAUUUAAGCUUUUGUUCCCUUUUGAGAUUAAAAUGCCAGGAAAACUAUGAAGGAGAAGACAAAGCCAAAAUAGCAUAAAAUAAAAGUUGACAUUACAUCUUUUCACUCACAAUGCCCCUUAGAAAACAGAGUCUGGAUUUAAUUGAUUUUCUUAUUUAAUAAGUUUUUAAGAGCCAUUUUGCUGCAGUUUUUCCUUCUCAAACUUCUUAAAAAUGUAUAAUUUACCAUUUCUUAUUCAUUACUUUAAGCAAAGCUAAAUAUAAGUUUAAGUACUAUUUUAAAGUAUAAAUUUAUUGGAUAAAGGCCUCCAGUCAUCAGAAGGACUACUUCAGAAAAAGGAACCAACGAAGGUCUCAGAUGUCUGAGCAUCCUCAAGGACCAGGGACUUUUUUCCUGAACUGUCAUGGAAAGAUAUUUGCAAAAAGUACUACCAGUAUCUUUUAAACAUAUAAAUGAUUAGGCCUGAUUAUAAAAUACACAGGAUUUAAUGUGUUGAAUCUGCCUUUGGAUCCACUUGACCAACAUGUAUCUAUAAGCACAUUGUGUACACAGUACAAUUGUGGCCACUUCAGAUGUCUAGAAGGAAAAAACUGUUUUGGUAAAAGCUGUAUAAAAAGGAUAAUUUUUUGCUUGAGCUACUUAGUCACUUUUCUUCAGGGCACCGAAACUUAGGUCCCUUUUGCAUAGCUUAUAAGCUGUACUUUUAUUUUAUUUUAAAUCUGAGUCAUUUUCGGCAAUAUUUUAAGGAAAAAACCCCACGUCAUUAAACAUUUUUGGGGAAUGUUGUAUAAAUCCACAAAAGAGACACCAAAGUGUUUGGGAAUUUUAAUCCCAAGAGGUAAACAUCCCAGAGUCAGGCCCCAUUUGCUGUUCAGUCUUUUACAUGUUUCUAUGACAAUGUAAUUUAGGAGAUCAGGUGUUAAACAUGACAAAUGCAAACAUGUUACAAUAGGUGUUUUAUUGCUCUUUUUAAACUUACUGGCUUUAACUUAAGGAAUAUAGGUAUGUAGUUAUUUUAUCUAAAGCUGUUAGAUAUCUGUGGCCCUGUUAAUUAACUUCAGGGGCUAGAGAGAGUACAGAAAUGCCUGUACAAUUUGUUUUAAGGGCUUGUCUUUAUAUUUGUAAUUUCAGUUAAAUAUUUUCUAAGAUUGCUUUACCUUUUCCCCAAUAGUAGGUUUAUAUUCUUGUAACAUUCACUUUGGUCAAGGUGGUAACCUUGGGAAGAAAAUGCCAAAAUAUAAGCUUCUUGCAAGCAGCAAGUAGUUGGUGGAAUCUGCCGGUAGCUACCACUUCAGUAGUGAAGAGGCUUGAGUACCGUGGCUUGGUCUCUCCAUGUUAAAAAAAAAAAAAAAUUACCCCUAUUGGAAGAAAUAAGGAAUAUUGAGAAUUUUCUCAUUUUGUUAUGCUUGGGUUAUGUAUUAUGUUGAACCAUGUGAAAUUGCUGAUGUUCAACAUUGCUGAUCUACAGAAAUGGCAGUGUCAUAUACAUCAACCUAGUACUUACUGCUAAAUGCAGGUUAGAAUUCCUAUGAGGCAAAGGGAGAAUAUUGUUUAGGAACUCAGUGUUGAGAGUGUCUUCCUCUAAUUCGUGUGGAUCUAAAAUUUUUUAAUAGAAAUAAAUAUCUUAGUAGCUGCAGCUUGUUGAGAGUGUAAAACAUUUUGAGCACAAAAUUUGCAGCACAUAACUUUUCAGAUGAAGCAUGUUUGCAUAGAAAAGGUUAAAAUACAUUCUCUCAGUUGCUGUGUUGUUCAUUUCUUGUAAAGGUCUACCUACGUUUGAGAAUAGACCCUUUAACAUAGGCUGCCUUAGUGACAAAACAAAGCAAAACGAUUGUCUCAUAAUAUAACUGUCCUAAAGAAUGUGUGUCUUGCAAAUGCUGUGGAACUGAAUAUUUGUUUUCUUGGAGUGUUAUGACUGUUACCAAAGGACUCAACCAGAUUUUGGGCUCUUCUUAAUUGAUCAUGUUGAGAAAGGGACUUAUCUUGGUCCCAGUUUGAAACAAGGGAAGAGUAGAGAGAAUUAAAUGUGGAAAUCGUAAAUGCUUUUCUAACAGGGUUAUGCUAUUUUGUAACACUAAAUGUCUUUUUCUUUCUUUUAAAAAAUUGUUUUUAUUAUUAAUUUUGUCAUACAUUUCUCAAUAUUUGAAUAUAUUUUAACCAUUUUAUGUUCUGAAUUUUUUUGUCCUAGACAUUUUAUUCAGAGUUUUACUUGCCUCUAUAAUCUGAAAAAUGGGUUCUAGAGUGUCUGUCCCACUUGCUGUCUCUUAGAGGCUGAUGCUUCAUUUCUGUGAGCAAAAAUGCUCAUUUAGCAAUGUAGUUAUUUCAGUAUUUAUUUCUUUUAUGGAAUCCCUGGGGUUCAGAAUGUAACUUUGUACAUGAAAUAUAUAUAAAUAUGUAUAUGAAACAUG